AUGAGGUUUCUCUCGCGCUGCUCCGUCAUCAUCGCCCUCGCCGUCACCAUCAUCCUCUACCUGGGCUGGGUUAUUCCCUCGACGCGACAGUACACCCAGUGGCAGAAGUCGUGGGCCGGUGGUGUGCGCAGGAUCGUCACCUUUGGAGACUCGUGGUCGGACACUGGCCGUUACAUCCUCAACGGGCCCCCGCCAGGAUAUGAGCCCAUCCGCCAUCCCCUCAGCGGGCCCGUCUGGCCCGAGGCGCUUUGCGCAGAGAUUCUCUGCGACUCGAUAGACAACUAUGCCCGCUCUCUGCCGCCCCAAGUCACGCAGUACUACACCGACACGGUUGGCGCUGUCCUCGACAACGCCGUUUUCCAGAAUGCCACCUCUUCCCACAACUUCACCGACUUUGCCCUGCGCGACCUUCAGCAGCAAGUCCGCGAUUUCGUCAAGAUGGAAGGCUUCAAGCGCAUGUGGCCCACUCAGCCGCCGAGAGAGUGGACUCUUUUCACCAUCUGGUUUGGCCUCAACGAUAUCUUCCACUAUUCCCGCCUUGAGCGCGAUGUCGCCAAAUUCGCCAUCACGAAGAGCAUUAACCACCUGUUCCGCCAACUCAACAUCAUCGCUGAGUGGAUGGACGCACCCAUCCUCGUCGUCCUCCCCAAGGCCGUGAACAUUACCAACCUCCCCCGCUUCAACAUCGAAACCAUCGAGAACACGGAUACUACCCGUCACCGCAUGGCGCUCGAGCUGGCUGCCUUCUGGAACGAGGAGCUCUCAUCCGCUGCUGCCCAGUGGAAGCGCGGUCACAUCUUCCUCCUGGAGGCCGACAAGUUCAUCGAGGGCCAGGUCCAGGCCAAGCUGGCGCACGGCGCACCCAGCGUUCGCAAGCGGGCUCCCGAGUUCAACGACGUUACCAGCCCCUGCAAGACUCUGGUCUACCCAUCCUCGAACGAUGAGGAUGGCUCCGACCAGCUGAGGUUUGAGGAGCACAUCUGCGAGGACCCGGACAGCCACCUCUUCUGGGACGACUUUGCUCUUUCCGGCAAGGCCCACCGCAUGCUUGGCAUGGAAGCCGGCAGGCUCGUCAAGCAACGCAGCACCUACAACACCUACGUCGCGCAGCAAGCCGUCGAAGCCGUCCGCUCGUCGAUUCCUCCUUGGCUCAAGGACCGUGUUGAUCAGUUCCACGCCAAGCAGAACAGCAGCAACUAA